AUGUUUGUCCAGGUGUUAACCGAGGUUGGGAGGCGGCCAGGCCUUCGCCGGGCUCUCAGCGGAGCCACCGCUGCCUCUAUCCGGUCCUGCUGCUGGGCACCCUCAUCGGCCCUCCGCUGCCCACCACCCGCCAUGUCAGAGGAGACCCAGGAAGACACCGCAGCCCUGAUGAGGAGCAGGGCGCCGCUGGCUCCCAACCACGUGGAGGAGGUGCGCCUCCACCGGGUGGAGUCCAUCAGUGACCUUCACAACGGCGGUCCGCUGUGCCCCUACCUGGCCGAGGAGGGGCAGCCGUGGGGCGAGCUGCUGGGCGUGCUGCCGCCCUCACUGUGCGCCCAGGCCGGCUGCAGCCCGCUGCACAGCCACGGGGCCUUCCUGCUGCUGCUCGCGCUGCUGGUCCUCACCUGCCUGGCACUGGCCGUGCUGGCCGUCUACCUGAGUGUGCUGCAGAGCGAGUCCCUCCGCGUGCUGGCGCACACGCUGCGAACCCAGGAGGAGGUGCUGCUCAAACUCCGGCUCGCCAGCCUCAGCCAGCUGCGGAGGCUCAACUCCAGUGAGGCCCGAGCACCCAGCUGA